CCAGAGUUUAGCAACAAAUCAACGUUAAAUAAUUCGAUUGGUCUAGUGUUUCACUAUUUAAGUCUGUUUUAACGAAUAUAAUCGUAAUAACGAUACGUCAAAGGUCACAACUCCAAAGUUUUAUUGCACUCAACGUUAAUAAAACACAAUAAAAUGAAGACAAAUUCUUUGACGUGUGUUCUGAUGAUAUAUAUAUUUAUAAUGACUAUUGGGGCAUUAGCACAAUUCCAAGGAGAAAUUAUGUUUGGAGGUCAGGGGGAACGCCGAGGUGGAUUCGGACAAGGACAACGUGGAGGAGGAUAUGGACAACGUGGAUAUGGACAAGGUGGAUAUGGACAAGGUGGAUAUGGACAAAGUGGAUAUGGACAAGGUGGAUAUGGACAACGUGGAUAUGGACAAGGUGGAUAUGGACAACGUGGAUAUGGACAAGGUGGAUAUGGACAAAGUGGAUAUGGACAAGGUGGACGUGGAGGUGGAUAUGGACAAAGUGGACGUGGUGGUGGAAGAUUCUAACGAGGAGGACAUGACAAGUUUGAUGGAAUCGAAAAGAUUCAGUGACACAUGUAUUAUAAGUUAAUGUCGGUGUUUUGAGAAGUCACAUAAUUCACGUAACCAUUACUUUAAAGUUAAUAAUACCAAAUAACAAAAAAACUUAACAUAAAUACGUUGUAAUUAACAUUAUAAAUUA